CCGCGGGAGCCGUCCGAGCUGCAGAAGCCCUCUGCUCAGGGGACGGGUAGGAUUACGCAGGCUACGCAAGGAGUAGCAGCUGCAGGUGAAUUACAGAAAGUGACUCUUACAGCAUCUUAGCUCUAUGAACUCUUGAGCUGUCAAGGGACUGAGAGGCUUAUGAAGAGGUUCUGUCAAGCAAAACAGCUCUUAGCAAAAACACCAAGGAGGAGGGAAAAGGAGAAAGAAAGAGAGAGCUGAAACAGUAACAAAUCAUGAGAUCUAUCCGAUCUUUUGCUAACGAUGACCGCCAUGUUAUGGUGAAACAUUCAACCAUUUACCCAUCUCCAGAAGAACUUGAAGCUGUCCAGAACAUGGUAUCAACAGUAGAAUGUGCCCUUAAGCAUGUGUCUGACUGGAUGGAUGAAAAGAACAAGUCUGUAAAAUGUGAGGGUGAUGUGGAAGCAAAGGAGGAAGCUGCAGAAAGCAAUGCCAAGGAUCAGAGUGGUCGGACCUUGUGUGGUGUUAUGAGAAUUGGCUUGGUUGCAAAGGGUUUGCUGAUAAAAGAUGAUAUGGAUUUGGAGCUGGUUCUCAUGUGCAAAGAAAAACCCACAAAGACCUUAUUAUGUAUAGUCAAAGACAAUCUCCCCGUUCAAAUUCAGAAACUUACAGAAGAGAAGUAUCUCGUGGAGGAGCAUGUAAAUGAGGCAGCUAUUAUUAUUCGUAACACAAAGGAGCCCAAGCUAACCUUGAAGGUGAUACUUACGUCCCCUCUCAUUCGAGAUGAAGCAGAGAAGAAGGAAGGAGUAGACAGUGUUGCGAUGAAAGAUCCUCCGGACUUAUUGGACAGGCAGAAAUGCCUGGAGGCCUUGGCGUCUCUGCGGCACGCCAAAUGGUUUCAGGCCAGGGCAAAUGGACUAAAAUCAUGUGUAAUUGUGCUUCGUAUUCUGCGGGAUUUGUGCAACAGAGUCCCCACAUGGGCACCACUGAAAGGAUGGCCACUCGAGCUUAUAUGUGAAAAAUCUAUAGGUACUUGUAAUAGACCUUUGGGCGCUGGGGAAGCAUUACGACGAGUGAUGGAGUGCUUGGCAUCUGGAAUUCUGCUUCCUGGAGGCCCUGGUCUGCAUGACCCCUGUGAACGGGAGCCAACAGAUGCUUUGUCUGAUAUGACAGUUCAGCAAAAAGAAGCCAUUACGCACAGUGCUCAGCAUGCCCUCAGAUUAUCAGCCUUUGGUCAGAUUUAUAAGGUUUUGGAAAUGGAUCCCCUCCCAUCAAAUAAGUCAUUUCAGAAAUACUCCUGGUCAGUAGCUGACAAAGAAGGUACAGGCUCAUCUGCUCUCAAGAGACCAUUUGAAGAUGGUGUUGGGGAUGAUAAAGAUCCAAAUAAAAAGAUGAAGCGUAAUCUGAGGAAAAUACUAGAUAGUAAAGCAAUAGAUCUCAUGAAUGCUCUGAUGAGGCUGAACCAAAUCAGGCCGGGGCUUCAGUAUAAGCUGCUGUCCCAGUCUGGUCCAGUCCAUGCCCCAGUCUUCACAAUGUCUGUAGAUGUUGAUGGUACAACAUAUGAAGCAUCAGGACCUUCUAAGAAAACAGCCAAGCUCCAUGUGGCAGUGAAGGUUUUACAAGCAAUGGGUUAUCCAACUGGUUUUGAUGCAGAUGUUGAGUGUGUGAGUUCUGAUGAAAAAUCAGAUAAUGAAGGUAAAAAUGAAACAGUGUCUUCAAUCUCAAGCAAUAAUACUGGAAAUUCUACAGCUGACACCUCUGCUACCCUAGAGGUAAGAACUCAGGGUCCUAUACUGACAGCAAGUGGCAAAAAUCCAGUGAUGGAGCUCAAUGAAAAAAGAAGAGGUCUGAAGUAUGAGCUCAUCUCUGAAACAGGUGGAAGCCAUGACAAGCGCUUUGUGAUGGAGGUAGAAGUAGAUGGCCAGAAAUUCAGAGGUGCAGGCCCAAAUAAGAAAGUAGCAAAAGCAAGUGCUGCAUUAGCAGCACUUGAGAAACUGUUUUCUGGACCUAAUGCAGCAAACAACAAGAAAAAGAAAAUUCUUCCUCAGCAGACUAAAGGAGUUGUCAAUACAGCUGUUUCUGCAGCAGUCCAGGCUGUGCGAGGUAGAGGACGAGGUGCUUUAACAAGAGGUGCAUUUGUUGGGGCAGCUGCUGCUACUGGAUACAUAACACCAGGCUAUGGAGCGCCGUAUGGGUACAGUACAGCUGCACCAGCUUACGCCAUAUGCACUUGUAUAAAAUAAGCAGAAAUUUAAUGACUGUAAGCUGAGAUCGUGAUAUAAAAGUUCAUGUGGCUAAAUGAAACAUUCAGGCCAAAUACUUACCUUGACGCUUAAGAGGAGCUGAAUGAUCCAAAGUGGUAAGUGAAGAUGUGCAGCUCAAAAGCAAAUUUCUUAUUUUGUAUGUUGUUUUGUUAUGGAUUUGGUGCCUUAACUCUUUAUACUCUAAUGUUAAAUAUACUGUACAACAGGUAGUUUAGUGGUUAAGGGUACUUUAAUGAUGUUACUGACCUAGCCUACAGGAACUGUAGCAACAACUGAGGUUUCAGUGGGAGAGUUCUCUCACAUGUUUAAUUAAUAAUCUACUGAUAAAUUGGAGCUGAAGAAUUUAAAGAGCAUAUAAAAAUUUUAACCGUAGAUUGAGACAGAAGGUAUCAAAUUUCCAACUUGAAAGUUUUGUGGCAGUAAGAUAAAGGUACAGUCUCUUCUGCACUGUGUAAACAAAAAUGAAAAUGUAAUUCAGCUGCCCAGCACUGCAUGUUUCUCAAAAAUCUCUAGACUCUUAUCUCUACAAUGACAAAUCACACUAAUUCUAAAGGACGUUAAUUGAAUGUAGUCAUCCACUGGAACAGGAGAGCUAGGAUGAGUUAGAGUUGCAAUAAAUUAAAAUUUAAAUCCAAAAUAGCAUAUGGGCUUAUGCCUAGUUCCUGCCUCUUACCUGAAUUCUAGAGGUUCCAAAGUGGCCAUAAGCCACUUUGCAGUUUACAAGGUGCAGUGCAGCUUCUACUUGAACACUUUUGCUUGCUGAACACACCUGGUCCUGAUAGAAUGCACUGAGAGAGAGAGAGAAAAGGAAAAAUGAAGGUAGAAUGUUCCAGUUUGAGGAAAUUAAGUAUAACAGACAACAAGUUGGUGGGAAAGAUGAACCGCCUUUUCCAAAGCCAUAAAUACCAGUCUACAGUAAAAAAAGGAGGUUUGUCUACUAUGGUAAAUCAGCAGCCUUAGUAAACUAAGAGCAAUGCGAGGUGGUAUUGAUUUUUUUUCCUAUAGUUUGCAAGAAAUUAGGGAAGAGGCUUACGCUAUCCAUAUCACAAGCUAUAAGCUGCUGCAGUAGAUUAUAUUUUUUUUCCCAUUUCUGUAAAUAAGCAGGUAAUGAAAAGAGGAGGUGGAGAAACAGGAGAAAUCCAGUGAACAAAUUCUAUUUGCCAAUGCAACCCUAUCCAGAUGGGGAGACUGUUCCAUGCAGCGUAGUAUACUAGUAUGGGAAUCCUAGCAACUCAUUUGUACAAUAUUCUAGACAAUUUGCUCUUGCACAGAACAGAAUGGUAACAAGGGAAAGCAGAUACUGCUUCCAGAACUACAUGUUGUAAAGUACAAAUUUCAGAUCACUAAUACUGGUAUAACUAUGACAAAGUAGGUUCAUCUUACCAUGAAAGCUGUUUUGAAACUUCAUCCACUUACAUUAAGCUAACAGCGAGUUUAAUUGUAACACUAAUCUGAAAGGGAGUAGAGCAGAAGGUAAGUUUUAGCUUUGUACUUCAAAGCUGCUGUGAAUAAGUUGGUUAAUAGUGUUCCAUAGAAAUAACUAGACAUUCCUAUUUAUUUGUGCUCGUUUCUAUGUUCUUAGAAAAGCACAAGCUUCUGUAAGCAUAACCAUCACAAAGCUACUCAGGGUACUUUGUCAUCUCAGCAGUGGACACUAACUGCAUCUAAGUCAGCAGGCACAAAUAGGUCAAGCUUAAUUAAGAGGAACAGAACAUCUUGGCAGGUUUGCUUUACUACUGGUACUGUUAUAAUUUAAUGAUCUAUGCAUAUGGAAAUGUGUGUAUUCCUGCGCUUCUACUGUAACUUACAGUUCUGUAAGAGCAUACUGCAAACUAAACAAGUAAAACAAGACAUAGAGUAUUAUUCUUUCAUUAUUCCCACAAAGGGCUGUUUGUAAGCAGUUGCAGAGUGAUAAUGCUCAAAGCAGAAUAGCUGUGGGCUGAAGAACAUUAUUCAGAGCAGUACAGCUUUCAGAAAUUUAGUGAUAUGAAUUAUGAAACUUCUAAUUCACUGUAUAGAUCAUUUCUUGUGUUUUCAAACUAGCAUUGCUAGUUCCCUGCUCAAAGUAAUGGGAAAAAGUGUAGUUCUCCAACAACACAUUAUUACAUGGAAAUGUACUGGAACAAAACUGAGGUUAUACUGCUGAGAGCAUGUUCUACUAUACAGAGCCAUUCUCUGGGCAAUGCUGCAUAAUUUAAGAGUGGGUAAAUAUGCCUUCAGGGUCAACAGAACACAGAACAGAUGUUUAAAAAAAUAACAACCCAGAAGAAGCCGUGAAGUUUUGUCCGCUCAUGCAUUUAUUCUUCCCUGAAAAAAGGUACAGGUACAUUCAGAUGUGUUAGUGAGUUAUAGAUCAGAUAUCACAAAAGCCUUUAAGGACAAAUGCUUUAAAGGCAGUCUCCUUUGGACAGAAAAUAAAGGAAGUUGUCUCUGUCUUCCAAUUCCAAAGUACAGCGUCUUAUUUCUGAUCCUAACCCUAAAUCAAUAUUUAUUGAUCAAACUGACUAAGCUUUUUAGGUUGAUGAGCUCUCUACAAAGCAAUUCUGUUCUCCUCUUGAGCCUCUGCAGGGGCCAACGACUGGUGCUUAACUACUACUUCUACUGCAGAAUGUCACCUGUCCUCCAGCUGUCUCAGAACCUUCUGUGACACUUGCACUUCUAAGAGAGCAACACUGCUAUGGGAGUAAUUCUCAAAAGUGCUAAAUACAGUGGAGCAAAUCUCCGUGGGCUGUACACUUUCUGAAGUCCUGCCCAGGUCUCAGUGGCAAAGUUGAGCAUGAAACCUGUACUGCCAAAAAUAUGUGCCCCUUAACAAGAAGGAUAUCUAUGGGAAGGUGACUUUGAGGAAAGGCUGCCGUCUUCCACAUUCAACUUACAAACUUUAAAAAAAAUAAAAAUAAAAAUAAUAAUAAGAAAAAAAGGUUGAGCUUCCACCAAAAAUUACCGCCACUCUAAUAAAUUCAAACAAUUGCUGUUAAUUCGGGCUAAAAUUUCUCCCCUGUGUAGCCCAAACUACCAUCACCAACAUCUGAAGAAUUUUUAAACAGUCAUCUGAGGGCAGAUCUCUGCUAAGAGAGUGCAUACUGCAAGGAAGACAGGUGAUCUGGCAAUGCAGUAUGAUGUACUUUUCUACUGACAAUUACUCCAGGACCAGGAAAAGACUGAGGCAGGGCUUUGGAGCAGUGUUUCAUGCUCAGCAAGCUUGCAGAGGGAAGGAAUGCAAUUCUAUAAAUCACUUGUACUGUAUUUCUGUUUCUAGACUUGAAUGAAUUUCACUUUUCCUUUGUGGGUCAGCAUAAUAAACAUUAAAGCAAAGGUCUAUUUUUAUAAAUCUCUUUCACCAGUUGAGAGGGCUGACCUGCAGCCACCAGAUGGACUUAUUUAUCCAUAGAGGACAGAAUGUUUAUUUUUACACUAAAUUACUUACAGCAUUGAAUAAAACAAAAUAAGGCCUUUGAACUAUCUAAAUAGUAUCACCAAAUUGCAGAAGUAUGUACGUAUGGUGGACAGUUCCAUCUUUCUUCCCAGUAAGUCUCUCAAAAGAAGUUACUCAGAAAUAAACUUCCGAAUGAAGUACAAGAGAUCCCUGUGAUCUAACAACAGGUAAUUUACGAACCAGGAGAAAACUCAAUAAAGUGAGCUAGAUCUACUCACUAGCUAAAAAAACCUGCAAAUGUAAAGUAAAUGGAAUGCUCUUGGGAUAUUGAGUUGCUUCCUCACGUGAUGCUGUACCCGGUACAUUUGGCUUCAUUUGACUUCUGUGUUGUGGUUUAUAUGCCAGCCACUGUUAUAAACUGUACACAACACCUAUAUUUGCACUGUAAUCUUAAUUCAUUCGCCACUGAUUGUAACCCAAUGCUACAGACUUCUCUGUAUAUAAAACCAUAGCCAUGUCCCACUUGCUUUCAAUAGCAUACAAUAAAGGCUUAUAUCUCUGUAAACAAAAA